AUGCUGGGCCAACUCGUGGGAUCCACCAUGCUCUUGGUCGCUACCGCGAUCUUUCUCUACUACACGGCAUGGACUCUGUUGAUGCCGUUCGUUGACCCCGGCCAUCCUCUGCACGACCUCUUCCCUCCUCGCGUAUGGGCCAUUCGUAUUCCCGUCUUCCUUACUCUCCUCGCCUCGGCCGUGGUCGGUACGUUCAUUGGGAUCGUAAUGAUCAACAGCAACAAGAAGAAGGCCGCCAAGGCCAAAGCCGCCGCAAAGAAGAAGACCUGA